CGUAUUUUAGUACCCAGCCCACGUUCAUAUUUUUUCUCUGCAGAAAAAAGGCGAACUUGUUUUUAAAAAGUUGUCAGAGAAGGUCAGCCAUUUUAGUGGGUCGGAUAUUGCAACAAAUUGCUCCAUGUAGAAGGAAAAAUGCAGUGGAAAAGCCAAAUUACAUUAAUUUUGGGACUGUUUUGUGCAUUAAAUCCCUCCCGAUUUUCAUGUGCUGAAGGACGCAAACUGCUCGAAGCGGAUAAUGUCAAACCAUCAAAUUCUGGAAAGGACACUUUUGAAGUGGGUCGAACAUUUUCAGUUUUCGAAAUGUUGCAAAACCAGAUUUAUGACACUAUUACGAAUAUAACACUACUUGCGAGUGGACUUGGAAAUGAUAUCCAGACCACGGUGCAAAACCAAACCAGCGGUCUAAUCUCGAGUGGAGGAGGGUGUGGUCAAACUGCCCUCCAACUCUGGGACAUUGUAAAAAUCCCCAUUUUUAUCAUCGCCCCCGCCACCAUAAUUGGGGUCGCGAUUGCCAUCAAAGUCAUCGGACUCAUUGUAGCCUGGAUCCCAAGUGUUACGAGUCAUUUUUUCGAAAAAUUCAAGUCCUCCGAGGACAGCGAUAGCGAUUCAGGGUAUGGUUGGUCUUCCCCAAGUCAAGGUUAUGCCCCCGCCCCAUCCUCAGCUUACGGCGUGCCGUCCUCUUCUUAUGGGGCUCCAUCUCCAGCCUACGGGUCACCUGGAGGAGGAGGACUCUCCAGACAAACCUCCAUCCUCACCGCAAUUGACAACCUCUCCAACAUGUACGGCAACAAUAACGACCAAACACAGCCACAGAAAAUGCUGCCUAAUAAUUUGGAGGAAAAUUAUAGCCAAGCUUAUCAAGGAGGACAAUCUGUGCAAAGUUCUGCACAAAAUAAUUAUCCAUAUUAUUACUACCAAAACCAACCUGUGCAACCGGGAGGAGGAGACGGCUACGCUGAAAAGACUAAUUUGGAUAAUAGCCAAUUACCACAACCAAACGAAACCCCGACGAAUGUGGCCGGCUAAUCGGGUUAAUUCCCUGCAGAAUUAAUUAAGUUCUCGGGUUUAAUGAGUGAGUCAAAUAUACGAAUGUUGCAUUUAAUGGGAGAAAUUAUUUAUGCAGAAACACAGUAGAUUGAUACAUAAUAUUUAUUCAUUAUUUAUUUAUUUAUUUG